AUAUGUUUUUUUAAAAUGCUAUCAGUAAUCAGCUAAAUAAAGAAUUUGAUUGGUAACUUGUCUUGUAAUCGUAAGCGAAUGGAUGAGUACCGAAAAUUUUGCUAGGUUAAGAAAGAAACGAAAUCAGCUGAUUUUAAUCAAAGCGAACGGGAAAUGUAAUACAGUGUUGGAAUAUGGCAUAUUUUGUGAUACUGCUGUAUCUGCAAUUCGUAAACAUGCCUAACACAGAACUAGAGAUCAUUGUUCAUUAGUAUGUGUCAGUUUGAGUUAAUUUAUCAAUAAUUACUAUUGUAUAAGGUUUAUACAAUGAUAAUUACUUAUCUGGGAUUUGUUAUUAUAAUUAUUGUGAUUGUGAAUAAAGUAUAACUUACUUCGCGUCUUUACUUUAAACAAUGGCAUUGGUAAAUUAUGAAAGCAGUUGCUCAUCUGACGACAGUAUUGAUGAUUGCCACAAAAUAUCAUCUAAAACAUCGAAUCAGAUAAACGAAAUCACAGGACCAAAGUCAAAGAUAGCAAGAUUGACGCAGCCUAUCGCACUAAAGAAAACUUUACCUUGUGCACUGUCCUUGUUGGGUGCAAAGCCUACAAAUGCUGUGCCAAACGAAAUACAUUUAGAUAAACCAGAAGAACACAAUGGACGCAUACGUAGUUUCAAACACGAACGUGGAAAUUGGGCAACUUAUGUGCACAUACCAGUGCGGUCCGAACAGUUGGAAGAUAUACAGGAAGUAUGCCAAGACGUAUUAGCUGAUGUCAUAAAAGAUUUACAUGCGAUAGAAGAUUUACAUAUAAGCUUAAGUCGGACGGUUGUGCUACAGCAUCAUCACAUCGAUUCAUUCGUCGAGUCGCUAAGAACAACUUUAGAAAUUAAUGCCAGAUUUGCUAUCAGUUUGCGGCGCUUACAUUUUUACACCAACGCUGAACGUACACGUACGUUUAUUGCACUUAAAGUUGAUAAUAUGCACUACGAUAGAGUUCAUAAACUAAUGGAAAAAGUGGAUGUUGUAAUGACAGAAUACAGACUACAACGCUUCUAUGAACAACCGUCAUUUCACAUUAGCUUUUUGUGGUGUCUUGGCGAUAAAGUCUCAGUGCUAAAUGAAUACUUGGAUACUCUAGAGUCUGCUAUAAAUGCGGUGAUGCGUGAAAGCAAUGCAUUCAGUUUAUUCAUAAAAGAAAUAAAUUGCAAAAGUGGUAAUAAAGAGUUCAUUUUUAAGCUUAAGUGAAAGCGCGCUUCCCCCUCCAUCUCUAACGCACGUUCAUAGCGUCGUCCAAGUGGUGUUUUAGACCACCAGUUGUCAAAGGCUUCUUCCUCUUCGCGGUAAACUGGAUCACGCAUACUGAAAUAAGUCAAGUCCUUUUAAACAUGUAAUUAAUUAAUUAUUUAUACAUAUAUAUACAUAUUUAUAAAUUCGUUUAUGUGAAUGAUUAAAAAUAUGUAGAUAAAUUAAAUAAUACGUUUUGCAGAAAUAUGAAAGUACUGAAUAAUAA